AUGGCUAAUUUGAGUGCGAGAGCGAGUCGUAUCAGUGGGUUCCUCUCUAAAUUCGAGUUCGCCGAGGAAAAUGAUAGAAGGCUAACUAUCUUAUCAUCUAGGAAAUCCGGUGCUAUUUUCCGAGAACACAUCUAUGAGUUCCCAAAAGUUGUAUCAACGACCCAAAAACUGCUCAAAGCAAGCGCCACCCUUGAAGUGCCGGUCUACAUAACAACGCAAAACAAAGCGCGACUCGGCGACACUGUGUCCGAACUACUUUCUCAAAUCACCCCUGACAAUGGUCAACCCGGGAACACGGUGAUAGCAAACAUCGACAAGACUGCAUUUAGCAUGUAUACUCCAGAUAUAGUCUCUCAAUACCACUCAGCUACCAAGAACAAGAGCGACAAGGACCCUGAACAGAAACUAGAUGCCAUCAUCGUCGGUAUCGAGACGCACAUCUGUGUUACUCAGACAACCCUCGACUUACUCGAGGCCGGGCACAGAGUUUACAUCGUCGCGGAUGCGGUUAGCAGUGUGAAUUCGGAGGAAAGAGGGAUAGCAUUGAAUCGACUUCGAGACGCGGGGGCUAUUGUGACGACGAGUGAGAGUUUGAUUUUUGAGAUGUUGAGGGAUGCAAAGAGUCCCGGGUUCAAGAGUAUUAAUGGGUUGAUUAAGGAGUAUAAGGAGGAUACGAAGAAUGCUGUGAAGAUCCUGUGUAAAUAUUGA